AUGGAUGCUGGAUUUGCUGUACCGCGUAUGGGUUUAAAUGGAAGUGUAGGCGGAAGUAUAAGUGGGGGGGUCAGCCAAGUUCCCACGCAAAUCAAGGACGAACUCGCCAACAAGUUGCCCAAAUUGAAAUCUGCAGACUCGCGAAUGACCGCAAAGACCAUCCGGGCCCCUGGUUCCAGAGCAGAGAGAGUAGCACAGGCAUGUGACCGCUGUAGAGCGAAAAAGACAAAGUGCGACGGAGGCGACCCCUGUUCUACGUGCUCUGCUGUGGGGAUGAAGUGUAUUGUUUCCGAUAAACUCAGCCGCAAGGCCUUUCCGAAAGGUUAUACUGAGACGUUGGAGGAACGGGUUCGGCAUCUUGAGGCUGAGAACAAGAAAUUGACGGGGUUGCUAGAUAUGAGGGGAGAACAGUUGGAGAUUUUGAAUAAUACCAAUUCUCAGCUGCAUUUUAAUGGGGGCGACGAGUUGUUUGGCAACCACCUGCAAAGUGGUGGCACUAAUGGUGCUGGCGCUAAUGGUACUGGCGGAAGUACCAGUAAUGGUGGUGUUGGCAGAAUCACGGCCAGGAAUCUACAGAUGUUACAGCAGGAAAACAUCAUGCGCUUGCACAUGCACGAUCAUGGGAACGGGUGCUCUUGUGGGUGUACUAAUGAGCAUGCAGUUCAUGAUAGACCCGUGUCUGUUGCCGGCUCACUAUUUGAAACGGGCAAAGUCUCCAUUGCAGGCUCGAUCCGGUUCAGCGAUGACGAAGAUGAAGAUGGAGACGACAACGAUAGCUUAUUGAGCGCAGACGAGUAUCAACGCUCGCCGCAUUUUGGCAGGCGGCGUCAUUUUGCCUCCAAUUCAACAAACAGAGAAUCUAGUCCUGCUCCCGGGGCAUUCGCGGCCGCUACUGCCAUAGCCCAGAUGCAAAAGAACAAGUCGCUACAGGAGCAACGCCUUAAACUCGAAAAUGAAACCAAUAAGCAGCGGAUGUUGACUUCCUUGGUGGCCACGUCGAUGCCGCGAAGUACAGAAGAAACCUUGUGCGUGCCAACGCUUUUGGCACGCAUUUGCCAAGCGUACGGGUACGAUUCACAACCGUCGCUUUUCGCGGCAAACACCUUGGCCUCGUUAAAAGACCACCCGGGACAAUUGGUGAAAUUGUCGACGAAUGAAGAAGUAAAAAAUAAACUUGCCAAGAUGAUCAUGAAUAGAGACGACGUCAAUGUCCUUCCCGAGCACGAAGCAAUCACUUUUGUGAGAGAUCUUGUCAAGUUCCCCGUCUCGAGAUUGGACUUGGACCAACUUUUAACGGUCUACUUCCAAACGUGGGGAAACACGUUGCCCAUUAUCGGCAAGACAACUAUUCUAAACUGCUACAUGAGAAUCAUUGACAUCCUUGAAUGCUCAAAUGCUACAACGACAAGUGGAACAAACUGCUCAUUUGAGCUGGUUGAGAAAAUUGGAGCUAUAUUGGUUCUAACGCUAAGCCUCGGGUUCCUUGCCAACAAGAGCGUGUUCCUUGGCCUGGAAAAAGCCCAAUUUUACGCGUCGUUGAUGAAACAUUAUGAUUUCUUGAUCAACGAGUUUAUAAAGCCCAAUUGCUUAAUCACCAAGUCUUGCUCAAUUCAAUCGUUGCAAAUCUUGUCCCUUGCACUCCAGUAUUGUUUAGCGACUGGGGAUAUAGCCACCUGUUAUGAAUUGCGCGGUAGGGUCAUUAGCAUCGCGCAGCAGUUGCGGUUACAUAGGUGCCCCGCGGCAGUGCUUGGAGUCAACACCAGCAACGAGGGUAAUUUCAAAUUGCAAAACUUUAUGCAGGCGGAGAGACGGAUCUUGUUUUGGUGCAUAUACUGCCUUGAUACAUUUUCCUCGUUGAAUAUGGGAGUGCCUCGAUUAAUGAAGGACUAUGAGAUUGAGUGUGCCAUGCCGUUUUCCGGGAAGGGCGACUCCGAGACCGAGACCGAAAGCGACGACGAUAAUGUCAACAUCUUGAUCAUAAACAAUACCCAAUUAUCGAUUGUGGGCAAGGUGUCGCGAAUGUCGCUUAGCGUGAUGCUUUUUUGUAAGGUGUUGGCCAAUAUCUUGGAUUCCAUUUAUUCGAGAUUCGACAAGGGCGACACCUUGCACAGAGAUCGGAUGUUGGAAUCCUGGAGACGCGAACUUCCCAGCGACUUGCGGUUUGAACUAGACACCAACGGGUUGAGCUUGAAGCUUCCAGAAACUAGCUCGUUUGAAGGCAAUGUUUGGGACAAUCUCAAUAACCAGCAAUUGACGUUGGUCUACUUAUAUUACCAUACUAAAAUCUUGAUCCACUUGCCGAUCAUUUCCAAACACGGGAACCACCAUAACGUGGGACUAUCACAAAAGCAGCAAUUGACGAAAGGGGAAAGCGACACGGCCACAGUCGUGGCUACAAUGAGCGUCAUUCAAGAAUCCUCAAGUCAAAUUCUCGAAGUGAUUAAAACUUACACCAAGAAAAGCUCGUCGCCCGUUUUGCCAAUCCCGUUGAAUAUUGCUCGGGAGCAGGCCUUGUUGACAUUAUUGGUUGCCAAGGGGACACUCGACUAUAUCAAAGGAGGGCACUUGUUUAACAACCUGAAACAACUAGUUUUAGACUCAGUGGCUAACUUGGCUGUAGACUCUAAAUCGGAAGUUCCAGGUUGCAUAACGCGAAACUCACUAAAAUUACUAGAACUUAGUGUCUUGAGCAUAUUAGGGGUAAAUUUAAACAAGUUUUCAAACAGCUUAAAAAAGAAACCUGCAGUUGGGAUACAAAUGUCCAAGGCUGCAUCUGAGAGAGAAGCAGAGAGUCAAAAACUCAAGAUCAAUACAGCAACAACAACAACAACAACAACGUCUUCUUCUUCUUUUUCUGUUCGUCCAGGCUCAGCUGCAAAAAUUUUGGGUGCACCCAACGCUGGCCUUGGUACAUAUGCCAAGGAUGAAGUAAUAAUAAGUGCCAUCAAUCAACCAAGCACCAAUGGCUCAGUACAAAACCAAAUCGGAGUCACUAACAAAAGUAUCGAUCAUCAGUCAAGGAACUUUGACGAUAUGGAGAGCUGGGAGAGUUUAUUGAGGUUUGAUCCAUUCAGUAUAACGCCAAAUAACCAGCACAACAUGAUGAACGACUACGUUACCGAUGGAUCCUUGGGGUUGGUUCCCUUUUUGGAAAUUCCAGAACAGGAAGAUCCUAGUAUGAACAAUCAACUAUUCAGUAGCUGGGUAUAA